UAGACGGGGAGUCAAAAAUGCCAAGCUUCUUCAAAUAAAUGCUUCAACAAGGAUCUGGAUGCUGAGUGUAGGUGAGCAGAAGCGUUUGAGAUGCUCGUUCUGGUGACGAGUAUUUGAGGUGCAGCAGAAGAACCUCAGCAGUUUUACAGACUGGACGACGUGUAAUGAAGCUGAAACACUUUGAUGAUGUUGGUGUGUGUAUUUUUUGGGUGAGUCAGUGAUGAUAAGGGGUGAGAUGGGGUGGAGUGAGCGCUCCUUCCUGUCCCUCAUCGACUGUAUAAAAGCAGCUUGAGGAGAAGCUGGAGGAACCAGAGCAUCACUGAUCUGCACCGGUCCCUCCCUCCAACUCCUCUACACUACUCGGGUGGCACAAUGAGAUCCUGGCUGGCGCCUGUGGCCGUAGUGCUGUGUGUCCUGGUGUGCUUGGCAGAGUCGUACCCACCCAAACCUGAACCUCCGGCGGGAGACGCGGGGCCCGAGGAACUGGCCAAGUACCACACUGCACUGCGCCACUACAUCAACCUCAUCACCAGACAGAGAUAUGGGAAGAGAUCCAGUCCAGAGGUCGAGAUCGCCGAACUGCUCUUCGGUAACGAUGAACAGGAUGUAAGACCACGAAUGGACGACACUUUGGGCUGGUGAUCACCUCUCUGUAGGCGUGUGUUGCGCUCUGUCCUUCAUGCUGAUCCCUCCAUCACCGUCCUCCCGUUUAUACCCAAUGGCCAGAGCAACAUCUGAACAGUCUCAGUCUCAACAGUCUCUCUCUUUUACUCUCUAAAUGAUUUAGUUUUUGUGAAGCGGAAAUUGUAAAUAAUUUGUUACUCACAUGAUUGAGAAUAAUAAAGAAUGAAUAAAUGUUGAA